GUCGUCGGCGGGCGCGCUCGGCUGGAGCUGCAGAUCGAUGACGCAAUGGGCGGUCCACGCGCGCAGCCUCUCCAGUCUCCCACUGCGGACGCAGUGCGCGCCAGGCUGGCCUCGGAAGGUGUUGUCGUGCACCCUUCUCGUCUUCCACUGCUGAACAGGGACGUGUACGGAAUCAUUGGUAACGUUCAGAGGGUGUUGUACAUGCCCACGGGGCAGAGCGGCGAGUGGUCACAGGCAGCGUGGCACCGGCUCUUCGACGCUCUUUCGCGCCCCAAGCGCAGGCGCCAGCCGACGCUUCAGCUGUGUUGUCAUUGCGGAAUCAAAGCUGUUGCUCUCGGCGAGAUCGGUUUUGCCCAGCUUGCUUCCAAAGCGAAGAUACCGCGCAGGCGACCCGCUGCGGCGACAGCCAAGCCAGCCGCGCCGCAUGGCAUCAAAGUAAGUGAGAACAGGGCGUGCAAGGACAAGUACGGGUUGUCUUACAGCGGAACGGAGCCAACAGGCGCCCGACACAACGUGGGCCUCACUAGGUUGGAGCAGCCCGCCUACGAAACCAUUUUGUCGCUCAGCCAGAAACAGGCCAAGAAGUAUCUCGAGGACGCAGGCGUUCUUCCACAACCUGAUGAUGAACUUGAGUUUGUCUGCUGGUCCUGCAAGAGCCCGAUUGUGAGCUCGGAGGGCGUCUUCCGCUGCCAUGGGAAGGGGUGCAAGAUCAGGCCUCGCGUCUACAGGCCAGAUGUGGCGCUCACCCCGCUCGCGGGCCACGCGAGCUCUGGAUGGGGCGUCGACUACGUCAUGUGCUUGCGCACGGCUUAUGCGCAUGGUUGCAAGACCCCUAGCGACUCCUGCGUUCACUUCGUCCGGCGCGAAGACGAGAGCGCCAGGUCCACAGAGAACAGGGUGGCCCAGUUUUUCAACGAACACAAGAUUGCGAUGGCAUACUCGGAAGUACGUCGGGCUCAAUCCACGACGUUCGAGGAUGACGUGGUCGAGCCUGACACGUGCCGCACUGGCUCGCGGAAGAGAGGGCCGUCGGCUUCCACGCGGAUGCACCGGGGGCGCACUCUCGUUCUGAAGGGGCGUUGCAAGAAACAAUGGACAGCGCGCGCGCCCCAGGACAGAGAGACGAAGAAAGGCAGAGGCGGCGGCGGCCCAGAGACCAGGGCUGAAGUGGAAGGCCCGUUGAAGAAGGCGCUGGGGAAGGGCGCCGUGGUGGCGCCAGACGGCGGUGAGGCCUUCCACGGCGCGGCCGAAGCCGCUGGGCGCCAGGUCUUGAAGGGCGUGAACCACCAGAGGGAAAUCUUCACGCCUGCGCCCAGGUUGCUCAAGUCCAAAUUGGACAGCAAGACCACCCGCAUGCUGAGGGCGCGCGCGAAGGGCAAGAAUCCCUCCGUCAGGGAGACCGCGCUCUACUUCGCAUUAUCAGCGGGUGAUAAUGCAGCAGAAGGUAUCUCAGGCCACCUGAAGAACACAAUGCGCAGGCUGGGGAGUGUCGGCCGCAACGCCUCACCAGCAACCUGCAAGAAGAACGUCCAAGCCUUGGCGUCGGCGGCCCUGCUCCGCAACGCAGGCUUGAACUCAGUGUUGACCGCGCUGAGCUUGUGCAGGAUUGCUUUGUCCCGCGGCGACAUCAAUCUGUCGCCCGAGGACGCCUUUGAUGUCUCGAGCUGCAGCUCGUGGCUGAUCGACUCGCCCUAA